UGUAUAAAAGGUGUACUGUGUAAUGACCAUUGAUCAAGUAGUAUUCAAGUGAAUUUAUUCAAAAAUAUUCUAUACUUAUUUAAUCAUGAAAAUGCUUCUUAAAAUAUCCGUAUAUUUUUUAUCAUUUACAUUAUUUACUACGUCAAUAUUUGCACAGUUAUUCCAGUCAAUUUAUGGGCCGUUCCAGCAACAAGGAAUUCCUUUCAGGGAAAACAAUUUUUUAGGUACUCGACCUAUAUUACGUGAGUAUGAUUUUAUUGUCGUCGGAGCUGGUACUGGAGGCUGCGUAGUCGCAAAUCGCCUGUCUGAAAAUCCGAACUGGUUAGUACUAGUAUUAGAAGCAGGAAAAGACGAAACUGUGUACACAGAUAUACCGGCAGUAGCAUCAUUUUUAGAAUCAUCAGAGUACAGUUGGGGAUACAUCGCGGAGCCAGUUAAAAAUGGUUGUUUUGGUUUUAAAAAUAACCGUUGUCCUUGGCCAAAAGGAAAAGGCAUGGGUGGAUCAUCGAUAAUAAACGAUAUGUACUACCAGAGAGGGAAAAAAGAAGACUAUGAUAUAAUCGCAGAUCUAGGAAACGAUGGUUGGGCUUUCGACGAUGUAUUGCCUUAUUUUUUGAAAUCCGAAAACAAUUCUAUACCUGAAUAUCAAAACUCACCGUUCCAUUCGCAAAAAGGAAACCUACAUGUCGAACGAGUCAGAUAUCAUUCACCACUCGUUGAUAAAUUUAUAGAAGCUGGCGGAGAAUUAGGAUUAAAAACAAAUAUUGAUUAUACAGUUGAUCCGGAGUAUGGAUCAUCGCGUUUACAAGCCACAACAAUAAAUGGACGCAGAGUAAGCGCAUCUAAAGCCUUUAUCCGACCAGUCAAAGAUCGUCAAAACCUCCAUGUAGCAAUAUUCAGCCAAGUAACAAAAAUAAUAAUUGAUCCAAAAACUAAAUUAGCAAUUGGAGUAGAAUUUAUAAAAAAAGACAAAAAGAGGACAGUAUUUGCUAAAAAAGAGAUUAUUUUGUCUGCUGGGCCAAUAAAUUCACCACAACUGCUAAUGUUAUCAGGAAUCGGACCAAAAGAUCACUUAAAAAAUCAUAAAAUACCAGUAAUUCAAGAUUUACAGGUGGGGCAACAUUUACAAGAUCACUAUGGAACAGUUGCUUUGGAGUUCAUAAUAAACCAAACAAGCCCAGUAAUCAAUCAAACAACCACAUCAGACCCUCAUUUAUUUGAAGAAUGGUUUAAGUAUGGUCAAGGACCACUUACAGUGCCAAGGGGAGUGGAUGGCUUAGCUUAUAUAAGAGCGCCAUCGGGUAGAGGUCUAGAAUUAAUUUUUGGUCCUCUGUCUGAUAAACCAAACGUAUUUAUCAUGGCUACUGUGCUGUUACAACCAAAUGCUCGCGGGAGCGUAACUUUGAAAAGCAAUAAUCCACUGGAUCCACCGAUUAUGUCGUAUGGUUAUUAUGACAGCAACACUGAUCUAGAAGACAACAUAUACGCUCUUAAAUAUUUAGUUAAGAUGGUAGAAGAAACACAGGCGUUUAAAGAUGUGGCUGCUAAACUGAAUCCUGUACCGUAUCCGAAGUGCAACAGUUUACCAUUCCGAUCCGACGAUUAUUGGACUUGUUUAUCAAAACAUUUGACACACACUUAUCAUCACCAAUGCGGUACAUGCAGGAUGGGAGAUGUUGUCAACAAUAAAUUACAAGUAUUCGGAGUUCGAGGGCUAAGAGUAGUGGAUUCAUCGAUAUUUCCACAUAUUCCCCAUGCACAUCUUUACGCUCCUACUUUAAUGGUCGGUGAAAAGGGAGCAGAUAUGAUUCGAAGUUAUUGGUCAAAGUAAUUUUUUGAGCAAUAUUAUUUAUUUGUGCUUAAAAAUUAUAACCAAUAUACCUAGUAUCUACCUACCAUAAGCAUUUUUCUCAUUAUGUUUGAAAAAAAACUACAAAAGCUUUGAUCCCUUCUACAAUAUGUAUUUGAGUAUUUCACAUUUUUAUCAA